AUGGCAAUAGGGGACAGGGGAAGCGAGUUAAGGGAUGUCUCGAUAGUGAGACGACUUCCCAAUGUGGAGGUACUGUCGCUGUCCAUCAAUCACAUCACAUCCCUGUCCGACUUCGCCGCCUGCGGACACCUCCAAGAGCUGUAUUUGCGGCAAAAUAAGAUCCAAGACAUCAAUGAAUUGCUUUACUUAAUCGAUUUGCAAGAACUCAAGAAGUUAUGGUUGGCUGAGAAUCCGUGCUCUGAGUUCGACAACUAUAGAUCAACAGUACUUAAAGCGCUUCCAAACCUCGAAUACCUGGAUAACAUUAGGGUCUCUCCCGAGGAGGUCGUGAGAGCCGAGAGAGAAGGCUUUGAUCUUCAGUGGCCGGGAAGUGAUUGCGAAGACAACGAUGAGAUAAACCAACAAAUCUUACCACAAGAGUCACAAAUAGCGCCGGUAGUGCCGGCACACGCACCGCAACAACAACAGGCGUACCAAACAUCACAAUCCAUUGCAUCACAACCACAACAGAUCACACCAGAAGUGGCGGCAAUAGCCGGCGCUAAUGGAAGUAAUGGCAGCUCUUCUUACGCCAUACAUAACCAGAACUCUUCGCCCAAUUCCUCGCCCAUCGAAAUGGCACCACAAGUGCAGCAAAGAAGUCAAACAAUGAUUAAAUCCAACUCAUUGUCUGAUUAUAAUCUCUAUAACGUGUUUGAGGGAAAGGACAGGACGUGUCGGUUAUGCGGUGAAAAACUUUCGCUAAAUAUAACCCGAAAUAAACACCACUUCCAGAGGAAGUGUCCGAACUUUACUAAAGAUAUGAUACAAUCCAUUGAUACUGACUAUUGGGAGGUCCGCUCGCAAGCCUCCACUGACUCGCAGGAUAUAAAAGGUGCCAAACAUAUG